AUGAGCAAAAGCGGCUCGAUUUCGCCUAGUUUUCGAAGCCCGUUACGGCAGUUACGACAUUCUGGCACCCAUUCCAGGGGGCCUAGCAUUGAUUUUGCUCCCCAUGAUACCGAUAAGAAACGUUUGGUGGAGCAAUUUUACUCCACGGAAUCGCAUAAUACCAAAUCUCCUGUAACCAACGCUGCUAUAGCCACAGGUUUCCGCUCUAAUUUGUCGAGCGGUAGCUUCCUCGAUGCAAAAGAUCUUGUUCAACCGGCAAACCACGAGGCUUUGGCUGAUGAAAAGUUCAAAGAGUUGGUUGCUGCAGGCCAGUUGAAAUUUGUGGCUUUGGACCGAGAAUUGUCCAGUUCGCAAGGGGCGGUCGAGUCCUUGCUCAAUGUGGAUCUCGAUCGUCCUAUUGAGGACGAACUCCAGUAUUUGGAGCAGUUGGUUUCAGAUGCAGCACUGGGCCUUCUACGGACGCUGGGCCACAGCAAGCUAGAGCCCGAAGCAACAGCCACUGCUGAAUUGGCACGUUUAAGCAAACAUCUCCAGGAACUUCACAGUGAGGCAAGUCAGGCACGGGAGGAGCUUUUACUGGCAGCAGAGAAACUCAAAAGCCAGUACAGCUCAGAGCUCCGAUCCAGUGUAGAUAAAUUGGAGGACCUCGAGAUGACACUCCGCAAAUUGGAUUUGCGCUUCAACUACGCAAAACGCAGCACCUCGGAAGCGAAAACGCUAUUGGCUAACACUAUUGAGACCAAGAUUGCGCUUUUGGAGAAGGUGUCUCAGCGAUUCGCAGAAUACGAUCUCCAGCAUCGGCGCCGGCGCAUACGGCAGACUGUCAGUGCUUUGAGCGUGCUAGUUUUGCUUCUUUGUAUUUAUGUGGCCGCCCAUACCAUCCUGUGA